GUGGUCACCUGGAAUGUGGGUACUGCCAUGCCCCCGAAUGACGUGACAUCUCUGCUGCACCUCAACACGGGCGAGACAAAUGAUGUGGACAUGAUUGCCAUUGGGCUGCAGGAGGUGAACUCCAAGAUAAACAAGCGCCUGAAGGAUGCCCUCUUCACAGAUCAGUGGAGUGAGCUCUUCAUGGAUGUGCUGAGCCCCUUCCACUUCAUCCUGGUCAGCACAGUGCGGAUGCAAGGUGUGAUCCUGCUGGUAUUUGCCAAGUACUACCACCUGCCCUUCCUGCAAGACAUCCAGACAGACUGCACCAGGACAGGGCUGGGGGGCUACUGGGGCAACAAGGGUGGGGUGAGCGUUCGUCUCUCCAUCUUCGGCCACAUGGUCUGCUUCCUGAACUGCCACCUGCCAGCACACCUGGAGAAGGCGGAGCAGCGCAAGGAGGACUUUGCCACCAUACUGCACUUGCAGCAGUUUGAGGGGCGUGUGGCCAACGGCAUCCUGGACCACGACCUUGUGUUUUGGUUUGGGGACCUCAACUUCCGCAUCGAAAGCCUGGACAUCUGCUUUGUGAAGUAUGCCAUCGAGAGCAACGCCCUGAGCCAGCUCUGGGAGAAGGACCAGCUGAAUAUUGCCAAAAGCACCUGGCCUGUUCUCAGAGGCUUUCAGGAGGGACCCCUGAACUUCCCACCCACCUUCAAGUUCGAUGUGGGCACCAACAAGUAUGACAGCAGUGCCAAGAAGCGAAAACCUGCCUGGACCGACCGUAUCCUGUGGAAGAUCAAAACCCCCAGCACGGGGCUGGGGGCGGGCGGGCGCCGGCCCAGCCGGGGUGUGCUGUCUGUGAGUCAACUCUGCUACUGCAGCCACAUGGAGUACACUGUCAGCGACCACAAGCCAGUAGUUGCCAUCUUCGCUGUGCAGUUUCCUUCCAAGGUGGACAAGCCCCCGGUUGAGAUUUAUGUGGCUGACGAGUGGAGCAGGCCUGAGCAAGCAGUUGUCAGGUACAAGAUGGCUGUUGGCUUCCACCGGAGCUCCUGGGACUGGAUAGGACUCUACCGGGUUGGCUUUCGGCACCCUAAAGACUAUGUGUCCUAUGUCUGGGCCAGGAGCGAUGAUGGGGAACGCUGCCUGGAGAAGCAGCUGUGUGCACAGGUAAUGUUCUCGGAGGAAGCGCUGCCCAAGGGGAAUGGCGAGUACAUCCUUGGAUACUACAGCAACAACUCCAGCAGCAUCGCUGGUGUGACUGAGCCCUUCCAGAUCUCCCUGCCCAGGUCAGAGGAGGGCAGCAGCUCCACGGACAGCUCUGGCAGCAGCUCCGAAGAGGAUGACAGCACGCUCGUCCUGCUGGCCCCCAAAUCCCGCAGCCCCAGCCCGGGCAAAAUGAAACGGCACCGGAGCCGAAGCCCCAGCUUGGCCAA